AAUGAGAGCUCAGCCCCGGUUUAUGUAAAGCCGCUCCUGUCAGUCGUUCUCUAGUCUGUAGUCCACGCUCAGCUCCAGUAACUGAAAGGCGUUUGGACUCGUGUUUUCCAGCAGUGCCUGCUGCUGUGAACAGCGCCGCGCUGUGAACUGUGAGGUCCGUGUCACACAGCGCUCUUCACUUACCGGAGCAAGCGUCUCGGCUGUGACAGGCAGAGAAAAGCCCAAACUGUGUGGAUGUGAAAGAGGAGGCGACCACGAAUGAGACGGAUAAAUGGUUCGCCUGUUGUUUCGUUUAAUCGGCUUCUGACCCCCGAAAGGAGCUGCGCUGUGUCCAGCCAUGGAAGUGGGACGGAGAUUUCUGCCCAGAUGCUGCUCUCUCUUGCCUUAGCGUCCCCAAAGCUGACUAAAUGGACACGAUGCUACUCGCCUCCGCCGCGGUGGUGUGGGAAUGGCUGAACGAGCACGGGCGCUGGCGGCCCUACAGCCCAGCCGUGUCUCAUCACAUCGAGGCGGUGAUACGAAGCGAUCCCCGGGGCGGCAGCGUCGUACUAGGCCAAGUCGACAACCGCCUCUCGCCCUACAUCAUUGACUUGCACUCAAUGCACCAGUUCAGACAGGACACAGGUACAUUAAGGCCUGUACGACGGAGUUUCUAUGAUCCAACUUCAGCACCAGGCCAAGGCUGGCUGUGGGAGUGGGAGAAUGAUGCGGGUUCUUGGACACCGUACGACAUGGAGGUCUGCAUCGCCCUGCAAGCGGCGAAGGACCGCCAGCAGCCCUGGUUGGACCUGGCACCACUUGGCUUCUGCUACCUCGUGGACUUCCAGAGCAUGACUCAGGUCAAUCGGCAAACACAGAGACGCCGCCGCAUUCAGAGACGCUCUGACAUAGCUUACCCACUGGUCUCUGGGCCACUGCCGAAAGCCUCCCAGGUUUGGGGAACUGGUGCUGGAGGGGCAGCUGGUGGAAUGCCGUCAGGUGGAGGCUCAACAGGACUUCUGGGUGUAGGAGUGUCUGGUACUAGCUCAAGUGAUAAUGGGAGUGCAGUCUAUCCUAGUGGAACCCUUUCAAUGUCGUCUCUUGCCCCUCUUGGACAGCCAUGUGCCUGCCAGCAGUGUAUGCUUGUCUUAAGUGUGAAAGCAAAUGCCUUGGCUUCACACACACUAGGGCGCAGACCUCCUCAAAUGAAGCCCCCAAGUCCUAAAUCCAGCCUAGGGACACUUCCCUCCUUGUCUAAGACUUCAUCCAUGUCUAAUUCAUAUUCACAGACGCUGCCUCAUGGGCUGUCCUUUAACCGCUCCCUCUCGCAAGAACGCAGGAAUGCUGCUGCCUUUGCUCAUUCGCUGUCCAUGCUCACCUCGAAUACUGCCACCCUUUCGCUGUCCACUGGUCGUCCACCUCCUCCACCUUUGCCCCCUCCUCCACCUCCUCCAGCAUCCAGCCAACAGCCUUUAACUGUGCCAAACUGCUCCGCAGCAUCUUCUCCAUCAGUGCCAACUGCAACGCUUAUCACCGUGGCAUCGAGCACCACAUCAUGUUCACCCACACCGUCGCCUUCAGCAACAGUUCCGCCUCAGCGUUCCACGGCAUGUGCCGCUCCUCUGCCUCCUCGUGCCAGUCUUGCAGGGCUGAGCCGGCCAGCUCUACAAAGAAUUGCCAUGGCACAGUCACGUGCACUCAUUGCCUCUGGAGUACCGACUGUACCUGUAAAGAACCUAACUGGCUCCAGCCCUGUUCAUCCAGCAUUAGCAGGAAUCACCGGUAUUCUAAUGAGCGCUGCAGCGCUGCCUGUGUGCUUGACUCGUCCUCCUAAACUGGUGCUGCACCCUCCUCCUGUCAGUAAGAGUGACAUCAAACCCAUCCCUGGCCUUGGACACUGCUGCCGCAAAACCACCAAAAAACAGGCUCGCAAGGGCAAGACUCCUGAAGACGUAGUGAAGAGGUACUUGCAGAAAGUCAGAAAUCCACCUGAAGAGGACUGCACUAUCUGUAUGGAGGCUCUGACCGGUCCCUCUGGGUAUAAAGGUCCAGGCGUUGGUGGUGUGUCGCGUGCAGAGUCAGUAGGUCGACUGGCACAAUGUGGCCAUCAGUACCAUCUGCAGUGCUUGGUUGCAAUGUACAACAAUGGCAACAAAGACGGCAGCCUACAGUGCCCCACGUGCAAGACCAUCUAUGGUGUGAAGACGGGCAACCAGCCACCCGGCAAGAUGGAAUACCAUGUCAUUCCCCAUUCACUGCCAGGGCACCCUGACUGCAAAACGAUCCGUAUCAUUUAUAACAUACCACCCGGCAUACAGAGCCCUGAGCACCCGAAUCCAGGAAAGCCAUUCACUGCAAGAGGAUUUCCCCGUCACUGCUAUCUUCCAGACAGUGAGAAAGGACGCAAGGUGUUGAGGCUUUUGUUGGUAGCUUGGGACAGGCGACUAAUUUUCUCAGUGGGCACCUCCAGCACCACUGGCGAGUCUGACACGGUUAUCUGGAACGAAGUUCACCACAAGACUGAGUUUGGCUCCAACCUCACAGGCCAUGGGUACCCUGACCCUGGCUACUUAGAUAAUGUGCUGGAAGAGCUUAAAGCCCAAGGCAUCACAGAGGAGGAUGGACAGCAGCUGUGAGGAGCGGAGAAAGGAGAAAAAGAGUCCAAACAAAAGGAGAAGGCUGGAUUUGUGAGAAUUGGACAUAGAAUGGAGAGACGAAUGACUGGACAAACUUUUUUGUGUGUUGGGGGUGCUAAUUUUGGAAGAGUAAUUUCUGGGGCGUGUGUGUGAGUGAGUGUGUGUGUGAGUGUGUGUGUGAGUGAGUGAGUGUGUGAGUGAGUUAGUGACAGCAAUGUUUUUACAUCAGAGAAAAAGAAAGAUCAUAUCCUAACUUGCAUUUUGUUGUGUUGUGGGCCCAGUAUUUUAGAAAUAUGCACAUUAAUGCAUUAACUCCAGCUGAAGCUCUGUUCUUUUUUUAGUAUCAAUCCUAGACUGACACUUCAUAUACUGAUAUUCCAAUGCUCCUGAAGAUCUGGAUAUGUCUAGAAUUAUACCUGGAAGAGAAUUAACUCAAGAUCCCAUAUCUAUUUACCGAUAGAUCUCUUUAGUGGUUCUGAAUAAUAGAUUCUGGGGCUUUAGUGAUGUAGCACUAAUACCACUGCACUAAUAAAGAAAACUGGGCUAUAGUUGAAAGGUGGUGAUAACUGAAAGAUACAUGAAAUGAAGGAAGAGAAGGUGUAUUGGCUGAAAGAUUAGACUGGGAGGGGGAAGGAAUGGUGGUAAGACAAAGAGAAGGAACUAAGAGAAAGAAUGAAUAAACGAAAGGCCAAAGGAAGUAGUUUUAACCUUAAUUGCUGAUACAUUAGGUAGUUGUCUAGCUGAAGCUGUAAUGAAAGACUGUGCCUAGUGUGUGUGUGUGUGUGUGUGUGUGUGUGUGUGUGUGUGUUUGUCUGUAGGAGAAAGAGCAAAAGAGUGAGAUCCUUGAUGAACCCACUUGUGCCCUCAAAUGAUUUGUGCUCUUUUCCUCAGAGACAUUCCUUUUUAUGGCCACUUAUGAUUGAGUGUUACAUAAACAGCAUCAUGAGUACUUGCAUUAUAAUUGCUAUUAUCAUGUAAUUCCAUUCCAUGUGUUAGAUUUAUCUACUCAUUUUUUUAUUGUAUUUCUUUUUUUUGGUAAAAGUUGUGGAUGUGUUAUGGCUCAAAGAGCAAAGUAGUGAGACAGUUGAAGUACCCCUUCACAGAGUCGUAGACAUUUACUAGUUUCUUAGGACAAAGAUAAUCUUUAGUCGGAAAUUAAAAGCAAUUGUUAACAGUUGUUCUUGAUUAAAAUGUCUUAUACAGUCCAGGUUUACACUUAUUCCCUGUAUUCCUAAUUUCUCCAUAUAAAAUGUCAAUGCCUCUUUGAGGUUUGACAGGCUGUUAUAAUUAAAACAUGUCCUUGCUUUUCAUAGGGGUAGAGUAUUUUUUAUGGUACAGCAUGAUUGAAUUAAUACAUGAAUGAAUGAAUAAGUACUGCUUGCUUUUUUUAAGGAUCUGGAUGAAUAGUGUUGAUCCAGCAGAAAGGUUGUAGUGUAAAAAUUGUAAGAUUGAACAGGUUAUGAGGAAGUGAUGGUAAGGGGAGCAACGGCAAAAAUAAAACAAGUCACAUAAAAAUUUUAUUUGCAGUAAUUAAACAGAUUUUGAACAAGUCUGUUGGGAAAUUUAGCAUGAGUAUGGUCUGAGUGUUAACUCUGUUUGGUUUAAACAGUGACUGUUUACUUGAAAAAUAUUGUCCAGUGCUUUGUUGUGAUGCAAGCUGUGUUGCGCUGCCCUCCAUGCCUAUCCUGUCUCCUGUCCAGUCUCUGUGUUUGGUCAGUAACUGACCUGUUUAUGCUCCUCUUUCUGUGACCUAAAUUGCGUGCCGGUGUGCAGGCAUGUUUGUGUCUCUGUAAGGGUGAACACAUGCAUGUGUGAGUCCAUGCAUCAACUGUAUGCAUGCAUUUGUACUUGGAUUACAUGUAUGAGUGUGUGUGUGGUGUUUGGUGGCCUGAUUUAAGGUACCAUUUUGUUACUGCUCUGCACAUUUUUCUUUCCUUAUUUCAGUUCGUAUUAUAGACCAUUAGUGCAUGUUUUUUCUUUAUUUCGUCCCAUUCCAUGUUAAUUUCAAUGUCACAGUUUUUUUAGUCAUGUUGUACACAUUACCCAAGUCAUUUUCAUGGUUUAGUUUAACUUACUACUUUGGUUAUAGCGCUCACCUGCUUUGAAUUGUACAGAAACUGUCUGUAUUCUUGUCAGUGUAUUUUUUUUCUUUGUGAGAAGGAAUCUAAACGUAAACUUCGCUGAAUGUCAAGUGUUUUCUCCUUAAACUCAUUCAGAGAAAACCGAAAGCGAUUCACUGCACUCAUGUUUGGACGUUCUUAUGAAUGGACAUUUCCCAUUUUCUCAGCUCUUUUAUAAAAGUCUAUUUUCUGCACUGGAGGAGAACAUUUGGUCCAAGUUACUCCCCUAGCUACAAUGUUUGAGAUGAAUGCAGGAUCAAAUAACAAUACAUGUAUAUAGUAAUGGAAUACAUGUAAAUAACGUACUACAAUACUGAGGUAUGUUAUUAAGUGAUGAAAAAUAAAGAAUGAGUGAUAGCUAUCCGA